CAAAGCAAAGGCGGCUGGACAAAGAAAACAAUAAGAUAAAAAUAUAACGAAAGUGUAUUUAAAAUAUUUCGUUAUGUUUUGAAGUUGAUAUUUUCUUUUUAAACAACGUUUAAUUUUAGUAUGCUGAGGUUGGUUUUGCAGGAGCAGAAGCCAGAGUUCAGCAAAACAACAAACAUGGCACCUCUUCUGUACGAUGCACCCAGAUAUUUACGUUCUCAUUUCCUUGAACUGACUAUUAAGUGACCGUAAAUAUUUUUUUCACGUUUGCCAUGUUACUGCGGUUUUCCCAAAUUAUGGCUCUUCUCUUGUUUUCAAUUUCUUGCACAGGUGGCAAUGCCAGUGUUACGGAAAUUUAGAACCCUCGGUAAUUUCAACCCACAGGACCCUUCUCGACGGAUGAACCCUCCUGAAGCAGUAGUCUAUACAUCCGUUUGUCUAACCAGAACGAGGGUUAUGAUGCCCAUUGUCAGUUACUUACCUGCCUCAAGGUAGCCAUCAUGAAAAGGGGUAAAUUUUCUACAGCAAGCUGGAAUCAAAAACCCUCUUCUCUCAAUUUCACUCUGCACACUGCCCCUUUACUGUCAAAGCUGUUUGGGCAAUUCUUUUGGAAACCCUUGGCUAUAUGUGUCUGCACUAGCACUGAUUGAGUUCUUAUGUUGGUCUGGAGAUAUCUGGCACGAAAUGCAACCAAACCCAAGAACUCUCCAUGCCCAUGGAAUGUUGCUCCUCACCCAUUCUCAAGAACAUUCAAUAAAUUUUUACAGCGGUAAAAUUCAAUGUGUGGUUUUCAAUGUUACUGCCGCUGGUCAAGUUAUACAUUUGAUGUACUUUUUAAUAUGGUAUUUUUUUCUCUCUCUGUUGUGAUUUACUUUGAUUGGUUUCUUUUCUCAUCAAAAUCUUGGGCAUCCUUAAAAUUCCCUCUAAAAACUCCAUUAAAUAAUUUGGUUUUAAGAAAUAGUCAUUUUUGCCUCAUGAUUUACCUACUUGCAUUAUAUGCAUUGUAUCCCAAGGAGGCCCUGUAUUGGGGCUGUUUCAUUCCCAACUUAUGCGUCCCUGGUUGUUUUUCAUAACAACAACAACAACUUGGAAAACAGAUGGUGUUUUUGAGACGUAUUAAUUCUCUAGGGGGAAAUUAAAUGCCCUGUUUUACACUGUAAUGCAGAGGGUUGACUUGAAUUUAAAAGAAAUUUCAAGUGGAUUUGUAUCAUUAAUCAGUUUUAUCACUUUUCUCAGGGUGUUUUAAUUUUUUAUAGACACAUCCUAAACUAUGAAUACUUUGUGGAAAAUUUCUUGUUUUACCUCGUACGGAUUGAAAUACAGUAGAGGGAGAGAGCUGCACUGGCCCCUGGCUUUCCCUAAUUUCUCAGACGUUAUCAUUGGGGUGUGCUUUUGAGUGCUUACUGGAAGAAUCUAUUUAAAAGUUCGCGCCCUAGUUACGUCUCCACCUUCCUGCCCCCUCCACUUGGACAGCACGCACUAUCUUUUGUUUCCCGCUCGUUUCUUCAUUUCCGGCCUUUGUUCUGACCCGACUUAUUGGAAGAGACAAAGAAUAAAGCGGAUUCCUUCAGAGUAUUCUUUGGUUGUCGUUAAUCGUGUUGGAAAAUGAGUAGUUUUAACCAUAUGCCUUAUUUACAUGUUCCACCGCCUUUGGUGCGACCAGCUAUGGGGUCUUUGGAAGCACCUCCAAUUCCACCGCCUAUGGUGCGACCAGCUAUGGGGUCUUUGGAAGCACCUCCAAUUCCACCGCCUAUGGUGCGACCAGCUAUGGGGUCUUUGGAAGCACCUCCAAUUGUGCCUUCUCAUUUACAAGGAAAUGUCUACAGUAUUGAGCAGCAGCAGGACAAUUAUCUGUACAACAUGAUGGCAUGCGCAUCAGAGAUGGCUGUGAAGAAGGUAUGUGUCAUUGAUGAAAUCUACGUUACUCAUUUAAGAUCACCCUAUUAACAUGAAAAAGUCACUCUCAGCCAAUCUCAGUUUCUGACUGUCAAAGUGGGUCUUUUCCCGCCUAAAUUUUGACUUUUCUUUCAAAAUUUAGGAAGAAAUGAAGUAUUUACUGU